AUGACUUUAAUGGGAGGCUUAGGUGGUGUUUGCAUUGCUCAGUCACAGAAAAUCCCACGUGAACCAAGACCUGGAGAAUUUGAAAAGAUCAUCAAACGCCUGCUGGAAACACCUAAUGCUCGGGCAGUGAUUAUGUUUGCCAAUGAAGAUGAUAUCAGGAGGAUAUUGGAAGCAGCGAAAAAAUUAAACCAAAGUGGGCAUUUUCUCUGGAUUGGCUCAGAUAGUUGGGGAUCCAAAAUAGCACCCGUUUAUCAGCAGGAGGAGAUUGCAGAAGGAGCUGUGACAAUUUUGCCCAAAAGAGCAUCAAUUGAUGGGUUUGAUCGAUACUUUAGAAGCCGAACUCUUGCUAAUAAUCGAAGAAACGUGUGGUUCGCAGAAUUUUGGGAGGAGAAUUUUGGAUGCAAGUUAGGAUCACAUGGAAAAAGGAACAGUCAUAUAAAGAAAUGCACAGGGCUUGAGCGAAUUGCGCGGGAUUCAUCUUAUGAACAGGAAGGAAAGGUCCAAUUUGUAAUUGAUGCAGUGUAUUCCAUGGCUUAUGCCCUGCACAAUAUGCACAAAGAUCUCUGCCCUGGAUACAUUGGCCUUUGCCCACGAAUGAGUGCCAUUGAUGGGAAAGAGCUACUUGGUUAUAUUCGGGCUGUAAAUUUUAAUGUGAAAUCAAGUGAGAUGAUUCCUCCACAUAAGAGAGUAUUUCGUUUGGAAUCUAUUUUAGAGUUAAGUGAAAAAGAAGCAGCAAAAGAAGAAAAUAUAGAAGACAGUUUAUCAGAUUUGAAUGGGGAUGCUUAA